GUAUCAAUUGUCCAAUAAGUAUAAACAUGUAUUGUGCUGUCAUUAAUUUGUAAACUGCUGGCAUUUAAAGAAUAAUAUGGAUACAAAGGAUUUGGCUGAGCUGGAUAAUUGUAUUGUAUGCCCUGUCUGCAACUCAAGACAUUUGUUUAGAAAUGACAAAGUUAAGGCAGGAGUGUUUGCUGCCAGCUGUGAAAGUUGUGGACAUUUUAUUAAAUUCCGUGUGAAAUCGGAUGUCAACUCUAAAAUCACAGUAACUAUCAAUGGACAGCAGUACACGGUUGGAAAUGAAUAUCCGCCAGCAACCAAACUUAACACGUACUUGCGGAAAGAAAGGAUUUCUGUUGGCACCAAAGUGAUGUGUCAUGAAGGCGGCUGUGGUAUCUGUCUUGUUGAGGCCAAGUUGUAUGAACCUAUGUCUGAUACAAAGAAGAGUUACCCAAUCAACUCUUGCCUCUGUCCAUUAUUCAUGUGUGAUGGUUGGGAGAUAACUACCAUAGAAGGUAUAAGUGACGUCAUCCCAAAACGUCUAGCCAAAUACAAUGGUUCACAAUGUGGAUUCUGCAGUCCUGGUCAGGUCAUGAAUAUGCAUGCAUUACUUGAUCAAAACGAGGGAAACGUUUCAAUGAAACAAGUGGAGGAUGCUUAUGAUGAUGUCAUAUGCAGAUGUACCGGUUACCGACCAAUAUUGGAUGCCAUGAAAUCAUUUGCACAAGACUCUCCAGAUUUGAAGAAAACAACCACUGUAGAUAUUGAGGAGCUUGGAAAGACAUAUUGUCACAAAACUGGUAAGCGUUGCCAUGGUGAAUGUCAUCCACGAAAAGGACAACAACUUCAAAUUGUUGGCAGCGAUGCUGUAUGGUAUAGACCUGAUACAUUUGAUCAACUUUUCAAAAUCCUAGCUGAUAACUCUGGAAAGAAAACAAGGAUGGUGUUUGGUAACACCGGACAAGGUAUAUACAACCAAGAGUUAGAGAUGGCUUGGUUUGAUGUCCUCGUUGAUAUAAGAGGAAUACAAGGCUUAUACAGUGUAAAUUUUGAUCCUACAGUUGUUCUAGGAGCAGGUUUGUCUAUUACCCAGGUAAUUGAUAUCUUUACCAGAUCCCAAUCUACACCUUCUUUCGGAUAUCUAGCAAACAUCAAAGACAUGCUAAUGAGAGUAGCUGGUAGAUCAGUGCGUAGUAUGGCGUCCUGGGCAGGUAACCUCAUGUUGAAACAUCUUCAUCCAGAAUUUCAGUCAGAUGUCUACGUUUCUUUGGAAGCUGCUAAUGUUAAACUUAUAAUAGCGAAUAGUGCUGGAUCUAACACGAUACCUAUCAGCCAGUUCCUUAAGACAGAUAUGACAAAUAAAGUGAUAGUUGCCAUGGAGGUACCAGCUAUGACUGACGACUACAUUGUCAGACUAUACAAGGUUGCUCAGAGGGCAGAGAACUCACAUUCCUUCGUUAAUGCUGGUGUUAGAAUGAAAGUUAACACAAACAAUAAAUGUCUAGUGAUGGAAAAACCUUGUAUUGUCUUCUCUGGAAUUUCAAAAGACUUUAUUCAUGCAGUACAGACAGAAACUUACCUUGCAGGCAAAUCAUUGGCAGACCCAUCUGUUUUACAAGGUGCAUUGACUAUUCUUGCAUCUGAAGUGAAUCCAGAUCCUAACAUUGAUGCUGUUGAGCCAAGUGUCGCAUACAGAAAGAACGUAGCAAUAGGAUACCUUUACAGUUAUAUUCUUGAUGUGGUAGGUGAUACAGCGAAAGGUAUUUAUAGAAGUGGUGCGAUACCUCUUACUAGACCACUUUCAUCCGGACAGCAGUCAUAUGACACCAAGCCGUUGGAAUGGCCACUUACUGAACCAAUGAUUAAAUUAGAGGCUCUGGACCAGACCACUGGUAGAGCAGAUUAUAUUAACGAUAUUCCAAUAGAACAAGGUACUCUGUAUGCUGCAUUUGUUAUAAGCACCGUUGGAAAUGCAAAACUUCAGAGCAUGGAUCCAUCAAAAGCUUUGAGCAUGCCAGGAGUAUUGAAAUUUAUAACUGCAAAGGAUAUUCCUGGACAAAAUAACUGCUAUUCUUCAAUAGCCGCCGAAAUCCCUUCUGUUCCGGAAGAGGUAUUAUGUGGAGGCGAUGUUAUGUAUGCUGGUCAGGCUUUAGCAAUUAUUGUUGCGGUGGAUGAAGAAACAGCAAACAGAGCUGCCAAACAAGUUCAGGUGACAUAUUCUGAUAAGAAAACCCCUAUUCUGUCUUUAGAUGAUGGAAUAAACAAGGGAUCAUUUUUACCAGACAUUUAUCCUCUGACGAAAGGAGACGCUCAAACUGCAAUCACUAAUAGCACCAAACAAAUAACUGGAAGCAUACAAUUUGGCGAACAGAAACAUUUUCCCAUGGAAACACAGAUCAGUUACUGCAAACCUUCACCAGAAGGAAUGGAUGUUGAGACGUCUACUCAGUGGAUUGACAACUCACAAAGAGCUGUUGCACUGGUUUUAGGAGUUCCCCAAAGCAGAAUUAAUGUAAAGGUUAAAAGACUAGGUGGAGCAUUUGGAUUUAAAAUAACAAGGAAUUAUAUAGUGUCUGCGGGUUGUGCGCUGGCAGCACACAUUUUGAACAGGCCUGUUAAACUGAAUUUGGAAUUUCACACUCAAAUGAAGAUGCUUGGAGGACGACUUGCUUAUAGAGCUGACUAUACAGUUGGAUGUACUGACCAGGGGAAAUUGAAUGGAAUCAAGAUGACACUGUAUGCAGAUGUAGGAUACAACGGAAAUGACAAUACUUUAUAUUCUGUAUAUGGAUUCAUCGAUAAUGCUUACUACUGUGAGAACUGGAAAAUUAACCCGAAAACAGUCAAAACGAAUAAACCUUGUAAUACGUACUGCAGAGCACCAGGUUCAACUCCAGGUAUAUUUAUCAUGGAAUCAAUUAUGGAACAUAUUGCAAAGGAAUUACAAUUGGACCCAACAGAUGUCAGGGUUCUUAAUUUGUAUCAAAAGGGACAGACAACACCACAUAAUAGGCCACUCCCGUAUUGCAAUAUCAGGCAAUUGACCACAGACUUGAUGACAUCAGCAGGAGUAAAACAGAGACAGACAUCAGUCCAGGCAUUCAAUCAGGCAAACAGGUGGAAGAAAAAAGGAUUAUCCGUUGUUCCAAUGAAGUUUGAAAUAAGUUAUAUUUACAUUCAUUACAAUGCAAUUGUAAAUAUAUAUGCCUGGGAUGGGAGUAUAUCUAUCUCCCACGGUGGAGUUGAAAUGGGACAAGGGAUCAACACAAAGGUAGCACAAGUUUGCGCAUUCGAGCUCGGUGUGCCAAUUGACAUUAUAAGUGUUAAAUCAACCCAGACAACAUCAAAUGCUAAUGAUUUUGUAACCGGUGGAAGUAUUGGCAGUGAACUGUGCUGUUUGGCUGUAUUGAAUUGUUGCACGGCAUUAAGAUCAAGGAUGGCACCAGUGAAAGCUAAAAUGCAGAACCCUUCAUGGAAAGACUUGACCCAGAAAUGUCUUUUGGAUAAAGUGGACCUGUCUGCCAGAUAUGUUACCUUCGAGCCUGGGACGCUUUUAGAGGAACCACAAUACAAUUCGUAUGGUGUUACCUGCACUGAAGUGGAACUAGAUGUACUUACUGGACAAUACCUUAUCAAUAGAGUAGACAUGCUGUUCGAUUGCGGGGAAAGUAUGAAUCCGAUGGUAGAUAUAGGACAAAUUGAAGGUGCUUUUACAAUGGGACUUGGAUAUUGUCUGUCAGAAAACCUUAAAUUUGACCCUCAGUCUGGUGAACUAUUAACCAAUAGUACAUGGGAAUACAAACCUCCGAUGGGUAAAGACAUUCCAAUCGACUUUAGAAUUCAAUUGCUGAAGAAUGCUCCUAAUCCAAAAGGUGUCCUCAGAUCAAAAGCUGUUGGAGAGCCACCAUUAUGUAUGAGUUCUUCAGCUUUGUUUGCAUUGAAACGGUGUAUAGAAGCUGCAAGAAAGGAUAUACAGAAAGACACAUAUUUUCCACUUAAUGGACCAACUUCAGUGGACCAGUUAUGUGAGUUGUGUCUAGCAGACCCUUCUCAAUUUGUAAUAUAACUUUAUAACAUUAUGUCUAUUCUAGAUAUGCAGUGUUUGUUCUGGAAGGUGGUAAAUUUUUAUUCAAUAUAUGAAGGUUAUUGUGAGUUCUGAAAGUUUGAAGAGAUUGAUCGAAACAAUCUUUAUUUCAUCACUCAUGAACAGUGAGAUUUGUUGAAUGUCUAAUAGCUACUUAUUAUUUAUAUGAUUUAAAAUAUUUACCCUGUAAGUAAUGCAUUAACAAAUAUGAUUGGGGCUAUAUAUCUCCUUAAUUCAUUGCAUUCAGUGGAAAUAUCCUAUAGAUAAUACGGAAUCUGAAUUUUGUGUAUCAUCGUUAUCGGUUGUGUAUUCAUGCAUAUUUGUAUCAUCCCAGUUGAACAAACUAACUAACUCCACACGAAAUAUGGUUAUCGGCAUAAAUCUACUUAAGCAUAGCUAUGUCAAUCCACCUAGACGGAAGUAGACCAAGCUUAGCAAGACGGAACUGUGUAAUUGCCCUGAAGCUAAUUCACUGUGUAUUUUCUUUGUAAUAGCAAUCUAAAGGGAAAUAUUGUAUGUAUAGGAGGAACAAUAUAAUACACUUUAAAAAGCAUUUCUUUUUAUUUGAAGUUGAAAUUCUUCAUUCGUAGUAAAAACCUGUAUUAUCUAUGAAAAACAUCUUCCUUAGUUAACGUUUUAAGUUUUUUGUCUUUGAUUUAUAGUGCAAAAUACAAGCUAUUGUCCUACAAUUUAACAGCCAGACAAUAUGAUAGUCGAGAACGUAGGAAUAUUUCCACAAUGCUAAGCAAAAUUGACUAUUUUAAAAACAGAUCGUGCGUGUCAAUAAGAAUUUUUUUUGGUUCUAUUUCCGACUAGAUUUCUGACACCCUUUCAAGAACUCUCACACCCAAAUAUUGAAAGCAUGGAUGUUGAAAUAUCAAAAAAUUAGUAUCUUUAUUAAAAUAUAUCUAAAAAGAAUAGCCAAAUUCAUCAAAUGUUAAAUUUCACUAAC